GUGUCGAAAAAUUACAAAGCCUGCGAAAGUUGGUGGGAGGUUGAGGUGUUUCAGUUUUGAGGUAUCACUUUGGAAGCAAAUCUCAAACAUGAAUUUCAUGAACAUUCGCGAUGGUCAGUACACAAUGACCAUAUACCAGAAGAUCCGGGACGGUCAGUACAAGGAGUCCGUUCAGAUGUUGACUGCCAUUCUGGACACGUACCCGACGUCUCGCGCGGCGCUGUCGCUGCUCGGCUACUGCCACUUCUACCAGCAGGAGUUUGACGCGGCGGCCGAGUACUACGGCCGGCUGGUGCAGCUGUUCCCAGAGUACGAGGACUACCGGCUGUACUACUCGCAGGCGCUCUACCAGGCGUGCCGCUAUGAGGAGGCCAUGAAGGAGACCAGUCAGAUCGACAACCCCGAGUACGCGGCGCGGGUGACCAAGCUGCAGGCGGCCAUCAAGUACGGCCAGGAGGACCUGGCCGGUGCCAAGAGCAUGGUGGAGCAGUGUCCGUCGGACGACCCGGACACCACCAUCAACCACGCCUGCCUGCUCUUCAAGGACGAGCGCUACGACGAGGCGUGCAGCAAGUUCACGCACGCCCAGCAGGUGGUGGGCUACAUGCCGCACCUGUCCUACAACAUCGCCCUCUGCCACUACAAGCUGAAGCACUACGCGCCGGCGCUGAAGGCGAUCGCGGACAUCAUCCAGCAGGGGAUCCAGCAGUACCCCGAGCUGAGUGUCGGGAUGACCACAGAGGGUCUGGAGGUGCGCAGCGUCGGCAACACGCUCACCCUGCACGAGACCGCGCUGGUGGAGGCCUUCAACCUCAAGGCGGCCGUCGAGUACCAGCUGAAAAACUUUGAUUCGGCGCGGGAGGCACUCACAGACAUGCCUCCCAGACUCGAAGAAGAGCUGGACGCCGUCACGCUCCACAACCAGGCCAUCAUGAACAUGGAUGAGAAGGCGUCGGACGGCUUCCAGAAGCUGCAGUACCUGCUCAUGCAGAACCCAUUCCCUCCGGAGACGUUCGGCAACCUGCUGCUGCUCUACUGCAAGUACGAGUACUACGACCUGGCCGCAGACGUUUUGGCGGAGAACGCUGACCUCACCUACCGCUACCUGACGCCGUACCUGUACGACUUCCUGGACGCCGUCAUCACCGAGCAGACCUCCAUCGAGGAGGCGUACAGAAAGUUCGACGAGAUCAGCACCAAGCACACGGAACAGCUGCGGAAGCUGACCAAACAGGUGCAGGACGCGCGGGCCAAACAGGACGAAGCGUCCAUCAAGCGCGCGCUUAACGAGUAUGAAGAGUCGCUCGAGCGCUACAUCCCAGUACUGAUGGCGCAGGCCAAGAUCUACUGGGACCUGGAGAACUACCCCCAGGUGGAGAAGAUUUUCCGCAAGUCGGUCGAGUUCUGCUCAGACUCGGACGUCUGGAAACUGAACGUGGCGCACGUCCUCUUCAUGCAGGAGAACAAGUUCAAAGAGGCGACCGGCUUCUACGAGCCGAUCGUGAAGAAGCACUACGACAACAUCCUGGACGUGUCGGCGAUCGUGCUGGCCAACCUGUGCGUCUCCUACAUCAUGACCUCGCAGAACGAGGAAGCCGAGGAACUGAUGCGGAAAAUUGAGAAAGAGGAGGAAUCUCUAGCAUUUGAAGAUCCCGAGAAGAAGAUAUUCCACCUGUGUAUUGUGAAUCUGGUCAUUGGCACGCUGUACUGUGGCAAAGGUAACUACGAGUUCGGUAUCUCUCGCGUGAUCAAGUCGCUGGAACCGUACCAGAAGAAGCUGGGCACGGACACCUGGUACUACGCCAAGCGCUGCUUCCUCAGUUUGUUCGAGAUGCUCGCCAAGAACAUGAUCACGGUGAACGACAAGACGCUGGACGAGUGCAUCCAGUUCCUGGAGAACUGCGAGGCCUUCGGCAAGAAUAUCAAGACGACGAUCGAGGCGCCUCUGGCGGAGACGAACCUGCACCCGGGAAAGAACACCGUCACCUACGAGUCGCGGCUGCUGCGCGCGCUCUUCAUGGAGUACAUGAUGAACUGAGACGCUGAACUGGAGAGAUGGGCGAGUGAUGGAUCUGAUUCGUGUUUGUUUCGCGGUCGCACAUUUAUUUUUGUUUGUGAUUCGUCCCACUGUGAAACAACCUCUCCCCCUAUACUUUAUGUGUGGUACUGAGCUUCUUCCAUUUUGUUCAUUGUCCGAUUCACUGUCAUUCACUUUACUUGUUUAUAAUCUAGUCAGGCAGAAUUAUGUCGGUGGCCCAUCGCUGUGGAGAUGGUGGAUCGUGGUCCAAUGAUACGCACAUUCCGUCCAGAGACGCUGUGCCGCGUUGAGAAGCUGAGUCUCAACUCUCACUCCUUGUCACUUCAUUCGUUGAUCUCGAUACGAUCUCAAUGUCAAUUUGCACGUAUCUACAGCGCGCACAAAGCUGCCAUCGAUAUGCUAGUCUUCAAUGUUGUUAAUCGCCUCGUUUGUUUAAAAUAUCGAAAAAUAAAAUGCACAAACACUGGCAUAACUAUGAA